AUUAAGGUUAGAAGUAACACACCUUCAAAAACAGCCAAUCUAUAGAAGGCCUUCUCAAACAAGUAACACAUCCACAGGAGAAGGAAUAUUUCAUUGCUGUUGGGUUGAAUAGAAUAUAUCAGAAGGAAAAAAGUUGCAUUACUUAUCUUGGAAUGUAUUUAACUUCCUGAGGAGCUGCUUCAAAUAGUCUUACAUGAGUUUAAAACUUAGCAGCUGAAGUAACAGAAGGUAUUUUCCUUACCUUGAGUCAACCCAGGAGUGUUUUUCUGAAAGUGGGAAUUCAUAACAUCCCUCUUUGCUGAAUCCAACAAACCCGUAAUGACUGAAAAAAAAGGUUAUGCUGGAAAUGGGUUUGUUCAUGUUAAAAAUCCUCAUUUGGCUCUGAUGGAUGAAGACAUUCUCUAUCACUUAGAUUUAGGAACAAAAACACACAACCUGCCAGCGAUGUUUGGUGACAUAAAGUUUGUCUGUGUUGGUGGCAGCCCAAAUCGAAUGAAAGCCUUUGCUCAGUUCAUGCACAAAGAACUUGGAUUUGAAGGAGAUGGGAAAGAUGUGAAAGAUAUUUGUGCGGGGACAGAUCGGUACUCUAUGUACAAAGUUGGACCGGUGCUCUCUGUCAGUCAUGGGAUGGGCAUUCCUUCCAUUUCUAUUAUGCUUCAUGAAUUAAUCAAAUUACUACACCACGCAAAAUGCCGGGGUGUUACUAUUAUACGCAUCGGUACUUCUGGGGGCUUAGGCAUUGAACCUGGAUCUGUUGUAAUAACAGACACUGCACUGGAUUCAUUUUUCAAGCCUCAGUUUGAGCAGGUAAUACUGGAUAACGUAGUUGUACGAAGCACUGAACUUGAUAAGGACCUUGCUGAGGAACUACUGAACUGCAGCAAAGAGAUCCAUGACUUCCCAACGAUGAUUGGUCAUACAAUGUGCACCUAUGACUUUUAUGAGGGUCAGGGACGAUUAGAUGGAGCCCUGUGCUCUUUUUCCAGUGAAAAAAAAUUGGAGUACUUAAAAAGAGCUUAUAAUGCUGGGGUUAGAAAUAUUGAAAUGGAGUCCACGGUAUUUGCUGCCAUGUGCGGACUUUGUGGUCUUAAAGCUGCUGUUGUCUGUGUGACACUCCUCAACCGACUUGAAGGUGACCAAAUCACUGUUCCCCAUGAAGUUCUAUUAGAAUAUCAACGACGCCCACAGCAGCUGAUCUCAAUCUUUAUCAAGAAGCGACUUGGAUUAUAUAACCAAAAUAAAUUAUUGGAUAAUGCGUUUUUCUUCAGCAACUAAGAAAAAAUAGAUUCUGCCAAUACAUAAAAUGAAUGUCUUGCAUUGCACACAAGCGUGUGUGUGCACGCAUGUGUGUGCGUGUGUGUAGGCAGACAUAAAUAUAGUACUUAUAGGCCCCUACUAUAUGUUACAUAUAUUACACAAUGAACUGGUUAAUUGUGCAAUAAAUUUAGACCAGCCACAUGCACAAAGACAGACCAGCCACAAAUGCAAAGUAAUUAUCACACAGUUCACUGGUUAACUGCAUUAAAAAUUUAGACCAGCCACACAUGCAAAAUAAUUAUCGCAUGAUAAAAAUGACUAUCCAGCUAUAAAAAGAGCCAACCAGCUAUAAAAUUAGUGCUUGAAAAUGUAUUACAACUCUAUAGCUGGCUUCUAUAAAGCGUUAAUUUAAACAUGUAGCAGGACCCUUAGUCAUAUAAAAAUGAAACUCUAUUUAUAAUGAAGCUAAAUGAAUCUCCCAAAUUGUCUCAGUUCAUUAUUCACUGUAUCCUUUAAGUCUAGUUGUAAUGUACAUUUCUGAAUACAAUAAAUGCAUACAUAUA